CAUUUCGCAAAAAAAAAAAAAAAAAAAAAGAAGCUGAUCCAGUUUCCAUGAUAUAUCCCGGUACAAAAACCAGUCGAUUCAAAAGGAGUAAACCGAUCCGAAUGUUGCACCGGUCCGUGAUUUUCGAACAAGAUGAGCAAAUCCCUGAAAAGGAAACGCUUACUCCAAGACGACGGCGGCGACUCAAAAUCUCCGGCUUGUAAUGAAUCCACCAUCUCCGGCGGCGAUCCUUAUCCGGAACUCCUUAGACCUAGCGCUGACGAAUGUAGAGACGUAAGGGAUGCUUUGUUGUCGCUCCACGGGUUCCCUGCCGAGUUCGCCAGUUACCGCCGUCAGAGACUCCGAUCACUUGAUGGUCACGAUACACAGUGUUCGGUGGACUCAGAAAGUGUGCUUGAUGGGCUUGUUAAAAUUCUUCUUUCGCAGAAUACCACUGAGGCCAAUUCUCAAAGGGCUUUUGCAUCUCUUAAGGCUGCGUUUCCGAAAUGGGAAGAUGUUUUGGUUGCUGAGCCAAACUCCGUUGAGAAUGCUAUAAGAUGUGGAGGAUUGGCCCCGAAAAAGACCGUCUGUAUCAAAAACAUUUUGAGCCGUUUGCAGAGAGAAAGAGGCAGUUUGUGUUUGGAGUAUCUGCGCGGUUUGACGGUAGAAGAAGUAAAAACUGAGCUCUCUCAUUUUAAGGGAAUUGGACCCAAAACUGUUUCUUGUGUUCUGAUGUUCAACCUCCAGCACAAUGAUUUCCCAGUCGACACACAUGUGUUUGAGAUCUCCAAGGCGUUAGGUUGGGUCCCGAAAACCGCAGACAGGAACAGAACCUAUGUUCACCUCAACCAUAGGAUUCCGGAUGAGCUCAAGUUUGAUCUGAACUGUCUGCUAUAUACACAUGGUAAGCUCUGCAGCAACUGCAAGAAGAAUGCUGCUAAACCAAAAGCAAAAGCCAAAGCUAAAGUAGCGUCCCCUGAUGAUUGCCCGCUUCUGGGGUUUCUGGUUUAGUCUAGAUAACCAGGAUUAUAACUAGUUUAUUUUGGUAAUUUUUUUCUGGUAUCCUUUCUCGACUUGUUGCUUAAAAAAAUUUGUCUACCAUCAGUUUGAUAUAUUUCGUUGUAUCAGUUUGAGGAGCCUAUUCAAUUGUUGUUUCCUGUCA